AUGCUUACUUUCGGUUCAACUAAACGCCUGCCUAUCAGCGAACUUGUUAAGUUUAAAAAUGCAUUUAGUACUGAUCUGAAGCUUCAUGUCGUUCUAGGACAAUUUGACACACCAAAGAGAAUAUACUAUUCAAUAUCUUCGCAAUUCAAGCCAUUUUUCAAAAAAUAUAUGGAUCUCUUUAAAAAGUUAAUUGAACAAGAAGAAUUGCUUGAUGGUAUUGGUAAUGCUCUCCCGAAUUGGACCUGCUGGGAUAGUUACAAGAUACCUUCACCCAUUUUGGUCAUCGAUGAAGCAAACAUGUUUAGCCAACUUUUUUUACUUAUCCCACACGCAACCCCAUAUGUUGUUGGAGAUUUGAGCAAGAAAGAAGCCAAAGAAUAUUUUAAAAAGCCGGGCUCACAUGAUGGUACACGUAUGCUGAUUAUUGAUAGAUAUGUUAAAGAAUACCAAAAUUACGAUGGAAAGUUUGAACAUAGCAAUUUUUCAAUUUACGGAUCAGAAUAUGAUAAGCUGAAACAUGGUCUCUAUCCUAAGAUAUUGAGAUAUUCAGAUAAGCCCAAUCUACCACUUUGGAAAGGUUAUGAUUUAAUCAAAACUAUGAAAGCAAUUGUGAAGUCAGAGGAUCAAGGGUACAUUUUAGAAGAUGACUUGAUUAAAGCAAUUGGUCCUAAACAAGUUAAUUCACUUGUAGAUUAUAAUUUUUUGCACUGUCGACCAACCACGCUAUUUGCUAAUGAUAUUGACCCACCAGAUAAAAUAAUUUUGACUGCGAUGAACCAGCCAUCAGUACGUACGAUGGAGCAAGUCUUAUCUGAAGUUACUUCCAACAAAAAAUAA